UGCUGAAAGAAGGGCACUCAUUUAGGAAAGGCCUACAUAACUAAAAGGGGCUCAGAAAAGAGAAGGGAGCAGUUUGAGUGUCAGCAUUCUUGAAUAAGAAAGGAGAAGCUGGAUGGUCUGCAGCAUGAGUUCCAGGUGACCAAAGACACAUUUCUUAAUUGGCUUGUUUUGAGAACUGAUGCCUGAACCACGUCAGUAUGGCUAAUAGAAGACGAGGUGGGCAUGGCCAGCCUCCCUCCGUGAAGCCAUCCCGGGUUAGCCCUCGAAGUUUUUCCACCAACAGGACCUGCACCCACAAUAUAUGCAUGGUGUCUGACUUUUUCUACCCGAACAUGGGAGGUGUGGAAAGCCACAUUUACCAGCUCUCUCAGUGCCUCAUUGAGAGGGGGCACAAGGUCAUAAUCGUCACCCAUGCGUACGGAAAUCGAAAGGGCAUCCGUUACCUCACCAAUGGCCUCAAAGUUUAUUACUUGCCUCUCAGAGUCAUGUACAACCAAUCCACAGCCACGACUCUCUUUCAAAGUCUGCCAUUGCUCAGGUACAUAUUUGUUCGGGAGAGAGUUACCAUAAUCCAUUCCCACAGUUCUUUUUCUGCCAUGGCCCAUGAUGCCCUCUUCCACGCCAAGACAAUGGGGCUUCAGACAGUCUUCACAGACCAUUCCCUUUUCGGAUUUGCUGAUGUCAGCUCGGUGCUCACAAACAAGCUUCUAACUGUGUCUCUCUGUGACACAAACCACAUCAUUUGUGUCUCUUAUACUAGUUAGGAAAACACUGUCCUAAGAGCAGCACUGAAUCCUGAAAUAGUGUCCGUCAUUCCUAACGCUGUAGAUCCUACUGACUUCACUCCAGAGCCAUUUAGGAGGCAAGAUAGUGUAAUAACUAUUGUUGUUGUCAGCAGACUUGUUUACAGAAAAUGGACUGAUUUGCUUAGUGGUAUAAUCCCUGAACUCUGUCAGAAAUACCAAGAAUUAAAUUUCCUAAUUGGAGGAGAGGGGCCAAAGAGAAUCAUUUUGGAAGAAGUACGGGAAAGAUACCAACUACAUGACAGGGUGCAACUUUUGGGCGCUUUAGAACACAAGGAAUUUAGAAAUGUCUUAGUUCAAGGACAUAUUUUUCUUAACACCUCCCUCACUGAAGCAUUCUGCAUGGCAAUCGUGGAAGCCGCCAGUUGUGGUCUGCAGGUUGUCAGCACGAAGGUUGGUGGCAUUCCUGAAGUCCUUCCGGAAAACCUUAUUAUUUUAUGUGAGCCUUCAGUAAAAUCUCUGUGUGAAGGCCUGGAAAAAGCUAUUUUCCAAGUGAAGUCGGGAACGUUGCCAACUCCAGAAAAUAUCCACAAUGUAGUAAAGGCUUUCUACACCUGGAGGAAUGUGGCAGAGCGAACUGAGAAGGUGUACGAGCGUGUGUCGAAGGAAACUGUGUUGCCAAUGCACAAGAGAUUGAACAGGCUCAUCUCUCAUUGUGGCCCAGUGACAGGCUACAUUUUUGCUUUGCUGGCGGUGUUCAGCUAUCUCUUCCUCAUUUUCCUGCAGUGGAUGACUCCAGAUUCUAUCGUUGAUGUUGCCGUAGAUGCUACUGGGCCAAGGGGAGCCUGGAUGUAUCAAUGUCCUUGUGAUAAGAAAGGAGAUGAGAAUGAUAAGGUGUCCAAAAGCAGGCUUCCUGGAUACAUUAAUUGUAACGAUCAGUGUUGCACUACUCAGCGUGGAAACUCUGUUCCACACUGCUGCUCACAAUUAUUGAUCAAGGAAAUCAACGUGGAUGAGGAAUUUGUUGAAAAGACGCUGUAUUAUUUUGAUGUUGCAGCCACACACAUAAAACCCAUCUAUUAAAACAUGCUCAUAUCCAAUAAUAAAGACAAGAAUGAUUUUUUA